AUGGCAAGUUUUAAGGACAUUCUUCGCAACAUUUCAACCAAUAUAAAUACUUCGAGGCCAAAUCUUCAAUCUAUAUUAGAUAGCAUUGAAGUAUUCAAAACAAAUCAAGAACAUUUAGAAUUUGAGAAGGCUCAUAAUGUUUCUUUAGAGUUAAUUUCAAUAUAUAAUUCGGUGCAAGACUCUGAAAAACUUGUGUUUUUUUUCAAGUGUAUACGAGCACUGCUUCGGGUUCUUGGACCUGAUACUUUUAUACUAGAUUGGUGGGAGAGUGUCUUACGACCUGUUUUACGCUCUCCAUUAUAUUACAAAGAUGUGGUGGAGGAGGUAAAAGGGAUCACACAAGAUAUUUUAUCAUGUUCAUAUAAUACUAGUUACGUGCUGAAAUUUAGGGCUGGAAUCAUUGAAUUAUAUAUAAAAGAGUUUGAUUUUGUGGGAAAAGCUGCUGGUGAAGAAGAUGGAACUAUAGGAGAGGAGGCGCAUGCAUUUUGGUGUCAAAAUUUAGAGAGCGUGCUUAGAGGAUUUGGUGCGGUGCAAACUAAGGAUUUCUUUGACUUGCUGAAUACAUAUUUCGUUCAACGUGAAUAUCGAUUAAAGGUUUUGACUCUAUUGUGUGAAUUCAUUCGACGGCAGUCCAUGUAUAUUCAUCUGAUCUUAGAGACGCGUCUCUUUGAUUCAUUAUUGACUUCCCUUCAGAAAGACACUUCAACCACUCUCCUUUCUUUAUCUUUAACUACAUUAAUAAUGCUCAUGCCUCAUAUCUAUACAUCAGUAAUUUCCUAUCUUCCCCAAUUGUAUAUUAUAUUUACUCGCAUUCUCUGUUGGGACAAGAGAACUUCACGCUCUGCAGCAUUUGAAGAUGAUGAUAAUCACUCAUUAUUAUUGGGAGAAGAUUCCCUAAAUGAAGAAAAAUGCAUGCGUAAACCAAGUAAUGAAAUUGGUUGGCAACGAUUUGAUUCAACCUUCGAUACUGCACCAUCUACGCCUCCCGAUUGUCGACAACUUUUUACUUUUUUAUAUGGAAUGUUCCCAUGUAACACUGUCAAAUUUCUACAGAAUCCUACUGAUUGGGCUCAGGAAAUGAAUUAUGUUCAUAUGUCAGAAGAAAUUGAUGAUGAUGUGAUACGUUCCAGAAGUCGGCCUCUUUUUCGACGUCAUACAUUGCACCCAGAUUUAAUUUUGAGUAAUUACAAGAAAGAAUUAUCGGAUACCAAAAGAUGGAUGAAGCUCGAGCCUGCUGAUGUUGUAGCUGAAUGUGUCGGUUAUGAUAUAGAAAGCGCACUUGCUGUAUCGAAAUCUAAAAUUACAAUAGAGGAAUCCAAAAAAUUCGUUGAGGAUAUAGAUUUUCCUUUGAAUGAAUUACAUAAAAAAGAAAAAACGAGGAGAGCUUCACAAGCUAUUUCAAUACAUGAUAUCUUGGAAGUUCAUCAAGCAUUAAAGAGUGGCGCUGAAAUAGUUGUUGGCGAUGAUCCUUGGUCAUCACAAAUAAUCGCUCCUACAAAUUCGGUUUCUGCUAAGCCUGAACUUAAUGCAAUGAACAUAACAACACCAACACCACCACAAAUAACCUCAAAUAAUGCAGCAACUAUUUCAUUUCUUCAACGGGAAAUAAUGUUACUUAGAAAUGAAUUGAAUUUUGAGCUUUAUUUAAAACAACAGCAUCUACAGCACAUAGGACGUCUUCAUCGUGAUCAUGUAUUAGACGCCAGUGUUGAGGCAGAACGACAAAAUUUAUAUAAUACAUGUCGAACCUUAAAAUCACAAUUGGCAAAUACUCAACUAGCUUUCGAUAGACAAAAAUCGGAAACAUCUAGCAACAAGAAAAAGCAAGCACAUUGGGAAAGUGAAUUACACACAAAAUUAAAAGCUUUAAGAGAAGAAAAGAGGGAAUGGAAAUCUAGCAUGGAUAAAUUGUCACAGGAAUUGGCAGAGGCUAAGCUUGUUAUUGAAGAUCAAAAUAAGCGAAUUGAUGAUUCAAAUUCAAAGGUGGUCGCAUUAGAAAAUCAGCUCAAAGUGGAAAAACAAAAACUUGAGGAGUUAAUGGAAUUAAAACGUCGGAAUUAUCAAUUGACUAAACAACUCUUGCUUUGGCAAGAAGAUACAUUAAAGUUUCAAGAGCAAAAGCAACAAAUGGAAAGUUUGGUUAUGCAUUUUCACAAGUUGCAAAUGUUAUUACGGACUUGCGAUCAAGAAAUCAAUAAACUAAAAGCUUUAAUUAAUGAGAAAUUGCAGAUUAUUGACGAUCUGAAUAUUAAGCUACGAAAGUUAUCUGACAAAUCUAAAGAUGAAGAUUCAGUCUUUUCGAAGCAGAUGAAAUUAUGGAAUAUUGAACGUAGCAAAUUUGAUCGAGAUUACCAAAAACUGGAAAAGGAAUAUGGGAAAGUUAGAGGGAAAAAUGAAGAAUUGCAGUCACGCAUAAUUGAGCAUACAGCUGAAAUCGAACUAUUAAAAGCAUCAGUUGAGGCUCCAUGUCCAAAAUAA